GUGUGUGUGUGUGAGUGAUUGCCAGUCAGUCAUGGGCGGAAGAGAUAAACAAGAUUUAAUUCUGCCCCUGAUGAUAGCGUCCCUGUUGCUUUCCGGCCAUUCCGUUGCCGCCGCCGUGGACGCCUCCAUGGUCGGUGCCGUUGGAGCAUUGCUAAAGCUCAUCGGGACGCCCCUGAAGGUGACCGCUUUUGUUGAGUGCUGGAAUGAAGGGGAGAAGCUUAUGUUUGCAAGGAUCGGUCUCUCCGGCGGUCGUCAUUUGAUGCAGUUCGUUGAACCGAGACGAGCAUCACCAGACGCACGGACAGAUGUCAAGGAUAUGGAUAAUUACCGGAACGCCACGCUCGAUGAAGAUGCUGAAAGUCACCAGACGUUGGUGGUGGUGGAUCUACGCUGCAACGGGUCGGAACGACUACUAGCUGAGGCUGGGCAGCGUCUGUAUCUAAACUACCGCUGGCUACUGAUGGAUUCCAGUGAGGGUGGUGCCCCGUUGGGUAUCGAGCACUAUCUGGCUGUGCUGCAGGACUUGCCGGCCCUUGUCAGCAGUGAGAUCUUUGUGAUGCUGGAAGAAGACGGCCAAUCAAUACGAUUUAUGCAAGUUUACAGAGUGAGUCAAAAUUCUGAACUGCUAACAGAACACUACGCUUUGUGGAAUGCGACAGUACCAGGAGAUACUGAGGGAGAGAUGAUCGAUUUACGAACUCACAAAGUCACUUCGGUGCGGCGUAAAGAUCUUCACGGUCACUAUCUUCGUGCGUCGAUGGUUAUUACCAAUCCGGAUACGUUGAAUCAUCUCACGGACUACAAAGAUAAACACAUCGACACGAUCACGAAGGUGAACUAUAUUUUGACUAACUGUCUGGUGGCAUACCUUGGAGCCGAAGUGAACUACACCCGUGUGACAACCUGGGGCUACUACAACACUACCACCGGCAUGUGGGAUGGUAUGAUCGGUGAGCUAGUGCACAAUACGGCCGACCUGGGUGCAUCUCCGCUCUUCUUCACCACCGAUCGCAUUGCGGUGAUCGAGUACCUUGCCAUGACGUCCGAGACACGGUCCAAAUUUAUCUUUCGCUCACCGAAACUGUCCUACACCGAGAAUGUGUUCGUAUUGCCGUUCGAUGAUAAAGUUUGGAUCUGCGUCAUUGCCGUCAUCAUUGUUUCCUCCGUCCUGCUGCUUGUUACGCUCUGGGCGGAAUGGCGCAUAGCGAACGGUGACCUGGAGCUGCCGCCAGCCCCGCCCGAUUCCUCUACCAUGGCCGCCAGCCUGCGUGACACGCUGCUCAUGAUGUACGGGGCGUCCUGCCAACAAGGCUCGGCCGUCUUACCACGCAGCUGCAGCGCCCGCACGAUCACCAUGCUUACCUUCACGGUGUUGAUGUUCCUGUACGCUAGCUACUCGGCCAACAUUGUCGCGCUGCUGCAGAGUCCCUCGACCAAGAUCCAAACGCUGGAGGAUUUGCUUGGCUCGCGGCUCAAGUUCGGUGUGCAUGAUACCGUGUUCAAUCGGCACUACUUUACGCACGCCACCGAACCGACGCGCAGGGCACUGUACGAGCAGAAGAUCCGCCGACCGUACGGACCGGACGCGUUCAUAGCGCUGGAGCAGGGCAUCGAUCGGAUACGGCAUGGGUUGUAUGCGUUUCACGUGGAACAGGGCGUCGGGUAUAAGGUGAUCAGCGAAACGUACCAGGAGGACGAAAAGUGUGGCCUGCAGGAAAUACAGUACCUGCAGGUGAUCGAUCCGUACUACGCGAUACAGAAGAACUCGUCGUACAAGGAGAUGGUGAAGAUUGGGUAAGGUAGAGGACUUUGGAUGUGGGAUUUACAGCAAGAUAGUGGAUCUUUCUCUUCUUACAGAUUGUUUCGAUUGAACGAGCACGGCAUCCAGUAUCGAGAGAACGACAAACUGUACACCAAAAAGCCAACCUGUUCGGGCGGUGGUGGCAAGUUCGUCCCGGUAAGUCUGGUCGACGUAGAGCCGGCCGUCUGGAUCAUCCUGUGGGGUAGUGGGCUGGCGUCGGCAUUCUUCCUAACGGAGCGGCUUUACUUUCACUUUUUGAGAAGGAAAGUACGACAACUUGUUCGUCGUUGGCAACACACCUAAACAACCAGGGUGAGAACGAAUGUCAUCAAGCUUAGUAGACGAGGCAGUGAAGACGGUGGAGUAAAUUUUCAGACAUUUUUUAAAUAAAUGUAUUUACUCAAAAAGAGAGAUAAAACAAUAGUAAUGAGAUUUCAACUACAGUAUAUGAUGGUAAUAUGUAAUAUUGUAUGCAUGUAUGUGUAUAUAGUGAAUUUACUACAGCGAGUAUACGAAUAGUGGAACCGCUUCGAUGCGCCUUGUUUCUUCGUUCGCUUCCUGGUAGGUUCUGUCUGCACAUCUAUAAUAGAGCUUUUUUUUGUUCUCGCAUCUUACUGUACUUGUUUUUCACUGUUUCUUUCUCCCAUUUUACGUACAAACAA